AACUUCCGGUUAUAUAAAAAAGUCAAACCUUGUAAAUAUUUCAUGCAGAAUACAGUACACAUUUGUUUCGUCCAUUUAGCAGGUCAAUGAGUUAGUAAAUGUCCAAGAAUUCGCUGCCCAGGCCUUCCAAGAAACAUCGAUCCGACAGCAAGAAGAAGGCGUCUGUGCACCCUUUGGAGAAGCUCCUGGGGGAAGGCGUCUUGAACGCUAAGGGCGACUCCGUCAGUCCCUCGACGUUUGCUGUGCAGGAAGGAGAAGAUGGCGUCAUUGCCUUGUACUUCUCUGCCCACUGGUGCCCGCCCUGCAAGAUCUUCACCCCACGCCUCGCCAUGUUCUACGAUGAGUUGAAGGGCGCCUCCAGGAGGUUCGAGGUCGUCUUCGUCAGCUUCGACUACAGCGAGGCGUCGUUCCACGAGUACUUCUCCAGGAUGCCGUGGUACGCCAUUGACUACUGCAACUCUGACAAGAGGGAUUCUGUAGCCAGCGAGUUUGGAAUUAAGGGAAUUCCCGUUCUCAUAUUUUUAGACGCGGCCUCGUUUCAACCAAUCACGCUCAACGGGCGCGAGAUUGUUAUGCUGGACCCCAGGGGCGACCACUUUCCUUGGCGCAUCCCGUUGGAGAACAUCCCCAGUCAUAAGAACUCCAUCUCUCGAUCGGACAAUAGCAACGUCUCCACCCGCAAGGGUUCUUUGGACAGUAACGUCGCUCGAGGGGAAAGGAAUGAGUCAGUGCAGCCCCCGAAGGAUGGCGAGCAGUCCAGCAUACAAGAAAAAGCCUCCAAGCACGCCAGCAAGCCCGCGUUACAGCCCAGCACUGAGAAGCACUCAAUACAGCCCAGCACUGAGAAGCACUCAAUACAGCCCAGCCACGAGAAGCACUCAAUACAGCCCAGCACUGAGAAGCACUCAAUACAGCCCAGCCACGAGAAGCACUCAAUACAGCCCAGCCACGAGAAGCACUCAAUACAGCCCAGCCACGAGAAGCUCUCGUAGCAACCUCGGCAUGUAAACCUCAUAGCUCCAUAAUGUCUUCAAUGUACAAUGAACUUGUCCAAGGUUCAGAUCCUUCAUGAGAUCAAACUGCCACAAAGACCUUAAAAAGUUAACCCUUGAA